AUGACUAACAUUGAACAGCUCGGCAAGAUACCAAAGAAUUGCGCAGUCGGAAAAAAUGAAUUGCUAGCAUGGGUGAACUCAAUUUGCGGAGUUAAUUAUCACAAAAUUGAAGAUUGUUCGAAUGGUGCCGCCUUUUGCCAAAUAAUGGAUGCAAUAUAUCCUGACUCAAUUGCAUUGGGAAAAGUUAAUUAUGAUCCAGUAUAUGAAAGCGACAUUGUCAACAACUUUAUAAUUUUACAAGAAUCAUUCAACGAAAACAAAAUACAAAAGAACUUAAAUAUUAACGAAUUAGUUCGAAAAAAGGCUUCAGCUACUCUUGAAAUGAUGCAAUGGCUUUAUAAUUAUUGUUCAAUUUAUGGAUGUGUGGAUAAUUAUGAUCCAUAUGAAAGAAGAAAAAAUUUUAAUUGCAAAGAACCAAAUGUGACAAGGAAUAGUGGUGUACCUGUUUUAUCUAGAAGAAAGUCUGAAAGAACUAUUUCAUCUCCAACAAUUCAUAGAAGAAAAACAUUAGAUUCUAAUCAAAGUGCUCAACAAUCUUUAUCUGAAUCGGAUUCUGAAAAGAAAGUUCGAAAACUAGAAAAAUCCGUUACUCGAUUGGAGAAUGAGUUAAUGGCUACAACCAAAGAGCGCCAAUUUUACUGGGAAAAGUUAAGAGACAUAGAAAUAUAUUGUAAUGAAAAUCAAAAUGAAUCAACCAAACAGAUACUUGAAUUACUUUAUCGAUUAGAUGCAGAUGGAGAGUUUAUUCAACCAGAUGAAAAUUGA